AAACCCUUUUUCUCGUGUGACGGUGUACCACCCCUAAGAUGACAAUGGGUGACGAGGAUUUGUUUGCCAGCAUGACUUUACCUGUCGUUAUUGGACCGAUAUUAGAGAAGCUGGAACAGAAAGACAUGGGUGCGGCCAAGACACUACGGACAGCCUUUUCUAAGGUAGAACAGACGUACCCGGGUUUCGCAUACGACUUUGUCAAGGGUCUGCUUCUUAAGGCGGGACUUCAGGGUCAGAUUGACAUGUGUGAGAGUCUGUUAAGGCUGGAGGGCCUGAACGAGUCCGAUGACUUGCGUAUCAGUCGACCCGAGCAAGCAUUCCAAGAACUGAACUUGAGGGCACAGAAACUGAAGAGGAUUCUGAGCCGAAUUCCUGACCAGAUCACAAACAGGAGAGAGUUCCUAGAAACCAUCAAAGAAAUUGCCAGUGCAAUAAAGUAUCUUCUAGAUGCUGUAAAUAAUGUCAUCAACCACAUACCAUUGCAUGAAAACAAACAGAAAUUAGAACACAGAAAGCGAGAAUUUGUCAGGCAUUCCAAGCGAUUCAGUGACACAUUGAAGGAGUUUUUUAAGAAGAGCCAGUCCCGAGAUGUGUUUGUUAGUGCAAAUUACCUGGUCAACCAAACAAACAUGAUACUGAAGGAAGUAAAGAAUGUUUCUUGAGGGCAGCUUGUAGAUCGUCUUCUUCACAGAGAGUUAUACCAAAUAUCCCGUCACCGUGUCUGCCUGUUAAGAAGGCAUCCAUUUUGACUGUAUAUACACAUGGGCAAACCAGGAGUCCUGAGGGCUGUUUCUCAAAGGGGUUGUAACGUUGCACUGGUCACAAGUAGCAAGGCUACAUCAUGGUGAUUUGGACGACGUAACAA